GAGUUUGCUGGUCCUCACACUUUAUCCAGAUCCAGACCACCCCGGGGCGGAGCUGCACUGUAGAGCUCGUAAUUUGGAAACGCGUUGGAUACUCGUUUGCUGUAACACAGUCGUGAUAAAUCUUGGUCGUGGAGGGCUGCUUGUGUUUUUAUUUUUGUUUUUUAGCCGAGAAGAGUUUGUGAUUGUUCGUGAUGGGAGCAGAGAGCUCAGUGCAGCGGGACGGGAAGAGCCAGGAGGAUGCACCGGCUUCAGCUUCAGCCUCCGCUGGAGAGCUGAGUGCGGAGGUGCUCCACGAGGGAGACAGCGUCCUCGACAGCAAGUCUUUGCAGAAAAAUGGCCAAAUCUCCAGCAUGACCAGUCUGAAUGGACACUCGGAGGACAACACGCUGGCAGAAGUUGGCCAGCCUGAUGGUGUGUCUGUGGCUCAGAAGGAGGAGGCUCCUGAUACCGUGGACACCGUCCAGGAUGAAGUGGCUGUUCAAGUAAAUAGCGAGAAGGUGGAGAAAGAGUCUCCAGAUGCCAACGACAUCUCUGCUGUUGAGGAGAAAGCUGCAGAGGAGAAACCUGAUGAUGCCAGUGAAGUGGGCUUUAAGAAGAUCUUCCGCUUUGUGGGCUUCAAGUUCACACUAAAGAAGGACAAGAGUGAGGAGAAAGAGCCAGUGAAGCUACUGACAGUCAAAGAUAAAGAAGGAGAGGAGGUCAGUGGGACUGAUGAACCUACAAAGGUGGUAGAGGCUGCCACUGCUCAGGAAAAGAGCACAGAUGAAGAAAAGGAGGCUGAUACAGAGGCAUCUACUGCUGACGCCGAAGUCAAAGAAGAUGGUGAUAAAGCUGAAAUCACUGAUGCCCCAGCUGAAGGCACUGCCACUGAAGCUACUGAUGAAGCCAUCAAGGAGGAAGGAGCUGAGAAGGAGGCAGAGACUACUCCACCAGUCCAGGAGACCAUCUCCCCCUUCAGAAAGCUCUUCAAUUCAGGACUCUUCUCUAACCUGAGAAAGAAAGCCAGCAUCAAGAAGACAAAAGAGGAGGAAGACAAGGAGGCAGCUGUGGAGGUGGAGACAGCUAAGACAGAAGAAACUGCUGCUGCUGUGGAAGAAAAGGAGGAGAAGGUUGAGGUUGAGCAAGAAACCACAGAGGCAGCACCAGAAACUCCUGAGGAAGAAAAAAUAGAGUCCAAGGAGGAGGCGCCAGCUACUCCAGAGGAAGCGAAAUCAGAGAUCUCCCCAGAGCCUGAAGUCACUGUUGAAACCCCUACUCCUGCAGCAACUACUACUGAUGAGACCAAACAAGAAGAGGAAAAGGCCGAACCUAGUGCUGAAGAGGAGAAGGCUCCAGCAGAGGUGACGUCUGAAGCUGAGCUGUUAUCAUCACAGGAGAAGGCAAAGCCCCAGGGAAGCCCCCUGAAGAAGCUUUUCACCGGUGCUGGCUUGAAGAAGCUCUCAACUAAGAAACAGAAGGCCAAGAAAGAUGCUGAGACUAAGCUCACUGAGUCAGGGGAGCAGGCGGCCGAGCAGCUUCAAUCCUCCACUGAGUCAACUGAGGCUCCAAAGGCUGACAGUGGGCCCUCAUCUCCUGAGGAGUCAGGAGAACAUGUCAUUUCUGUGGAGGUGACCCAGAAUGAGUCUAGCCAGGAGACUGAAGGUGAAGUAGCCUCUGAUGGGGAGAAGAAAAAAGAAGGUAUCAUUGCAUGGUCCUCCUUCAAGAAACUAGUAACACCCAAGAAGCGUGUGAAAAGGUCUUCUGAGAGUGAUGAUGAAGCCACAGGUGAGAAGCCAGCAAAGUCAGCUACUCUGUCCUCAUCUGAGAGUGCCCCGUUAGCAGAUAAGAGUGUUGAGGAGGAGGAGGCAAAGGAAGAUAAGGCAACUGAGGAGGAGCAAAAGACUGAAACCACUGAGAAACUGGUCAGCAGCACUGAGGAGCCCAAAAAGAAAAUGGACACCUCUGUCUCCUGGGAGGCCCUAAUGUGUAUGGGUGGACCGAAAAAGAGGGCAAGGAAGACCUCUGACUCUGACGAUGAGGAGACUAAGAUUGAAGAGGAAUUGCCAGCAGCAGCAGCAGCAGAAGUAGAAGAGGAGAGCAAAACUGAGGCUGCCAUUGUCACUUCCCAAAACACAGAGAGUGAGGGAGAAGUGGCUUCCUCACCUGAGCCUUUGACCAGCCCCCCUGAGAGAGAGUCCACCUGGGACACACUGAAACGCAUGGUUAUGCCAAAGAAUAAGGCUAAAGUUGAGGAAAAGCCUGAGGAGUCUGCAGAACAAGUCCAGUCAGACAGUGAACUACCAAAAGAAGAGUCAUCUUUCUCUUUGAGGAAGUUCUUGCCUGGUCGCAGAAAGAAGAAGGCUGAAAAACAAGCAUCCACUGGCUCAGGUGAGGAGGACUCUGACACCCCAGCUGUGGUUCCUCUCUCAGAGUAUGAUGAGCAAGUUAAGGCUGAAGCACCAGUUGAAUCUGAAGCACCAGCUGAAUCUGAAGCACCAGUGGAACCAGCUGCAGUCCAAGUUAAAGUGUCAACUGAAGAUAGAUCCCCUUCGUGGAUCCCAGCCACUGUGGAAGACAUUGACGAUAAACGUGAUGAGCUGAGUGACAUUCCAGAGGAGGCUGAGAAUGCUGCCACGCCCAAGUCUGUUGACACUGAUGUUGCAGAGGAUGAAACUGAGGAUGACGCUACUCCACCCCCUAAAGCUCCUGAAAGCACAGGGCGCAGACUGUCCACAGCUGAGGUGAAGCCUGUUGCUCCAGCUCCAGCUGCAGAAACUACUCCUGUUCCUCAGGCACCCAAUCCAGAGAAUGCAGAGGAGGUUACGGAGGGCAUUCAGGCCCAAGACAGUGAAAUUACACCCACAACAUCUGUGUGUGUUGAAGAUGUACCAAUUGAGGUAGCUUCUGAAAAAAUAGAACAUGAACUACCAACUGAGAAUGCAGAGUCCACGACCAAUACCAUCCUGCAGGCACAUGCUCGUGAAGAGGCCAUGGCUAUCUGCACUGGCCUAGGAACCAACGAGAUUGCCAAAGUAGCUCUGGAGAAACCUGUAAUGCCCACCAGAGAGUGUGUUACUGUGACCUGUGAUUCUCUUAGCACAGAGGUGUCGCAGGAAGAGAAGCCACCAAGUACCGAGGAAGCCAUUGUCACAGAAACUGAAGUGCUGAUGGCUCAAGUAAACCAGGUAGACACCACAGAGCUUGAGCCUGCUGUUGAAAAGUCACUGAAUGGAGUGGACGUUCAAAAAGCCAGUGAAAGCUGUGAACCUGAGAUUGAGAUGGUUGGAGUUGUCAACACUGUUCCUGAAGAGUCUGAGGUCCUUCAGCCUACCACCAUGAGCGAGAAUUCUCCAAAAGUUGUUGUAGUCAGUCCCAUUACACCAACAUCUGAAGUGGCUGUUUGCACUCUGAGCACAGAAGUCACUGAACCAACCAUAGAAACCAAGGAGAUGAACGUAGAGAUGGAGCAGCUUGCUGCCAACGAAGAAAAUACCCCUGUAAAAGAGCUUGUUCAGGCCAUAUGUGAAACCACAAUGGUCACCCUGAUGAAGGAGACUGAGUCAGCCCACUCUGUUGUUUUACCAAGUGAGGAGGUUCCUGUUAUCACCAAAACAGUGGUCAUUUCAGGCCCACUCAGUAUGGAAUCUGACCAAGUGGAAACAUCAGAUGUGGUGUCUGAGCCGGUCAGCGAUGAACCAAUCCAGGUGCAGGAAACCAAGGAGGAGUGUACAGUUAUAGAGACUGUGGAGGCCACUGCCGCCGAUUCAGAGACCAGUGCAGUCAUUGACCAGGCAAGCGAAUCGAUUGAGGAAAUCAAGGAAGACAUCCAGCCAGCCAGUGAAAUUGAGACUCAGAGCAUGGUUGUGGCCCAAGCUGUCAUUCAGGAUGCCAUGGCGAAAGUUUCAGAAGAUGCAUCUGAACCCAAAAAAACGACCAUCCCAACACCAGUGCAGGCUGUAGCAGCAACAGAGAAAGAGGUUGAGAUCUCUACAGAGAGCCCUGUUAUUACUGAAACCCCUGUCGCUGUCAUCUGUGAAAAACCAGCACCAAAGUCACCUCAGUCUCUCUGUGUUGCCAUGGAGGUCAUUGAUGCAAUCCCAAUAGAGGUAGCAGAGAGCCUUGAUGUCACUGUAGAGGAGGAGAAGAAACCAGAAGAAGAGUUGAAGAAAGCUGUGGAGGUUGAAGUAAGUGAAGAAACUGUCGUAGUGGAGGAAGUGGUGGAGAUAAAGACAGAGACUGAGACAAGUGAAGAGCUUGUCAAGGAGACGAGUGAAGAGCUUGUCAAGGAGACAAGUGAAGAGCUUGUCAAGGAGGAACAGAGCAAAGAAGACACAGAGGUUCAGGAACCAGAUGUAAAAGAAACAGAUGAAGAGGUGAAACCACAACCAGAAGAAGCAAAGUCAGAAGCCCCCUCAGAGGAGGAAAAAGAGAAAGUUCUUGAGAUCCACCUGCCAGUCCAAGUGGUCUUGCAGACAGCGCAAGUGGUUGAGGAACCGUUGGUGGAAGAAGAGGCUGUAGAGGAGUUUGACAGCAACGGUCCUGUGGUUGAGGACACCAGUGUAAAAGCUGAGAGCAGUGCAAAUGAAGACAAACUCCCAACACUGUCCGAAGAACCUCAGGCAGAGGUUUCCGCUCCCAGCCAAGUCACAGAGGCAGAAGCCAGCCAACCAGAGACAGAGAAAACAUCAUCAGUGAAGUGCGCAGAAGUGAUGGCGCAGGUGAUCGAGGUGAUUGAGGAGGCCGUGAAGGAGAUCGAGCCUGUGUCCACAGAAAUCACAACAGCAUCAUGAGCAGCUGAAGAUACAAGACUGAUGCCUGGGAGACGCACUGUCUGGACCAGGAAGUGAGUGAUGAGGGAGAGAGCGAGAAAGAGAGAGAAAGAAAAAGAGAGAAAGAGGCAGCUCUGUGGUAACACACUGAGACUGGGCUCCGACCAUCCCGCCCAGAUAGACUGAGUGACUGAGCAACAGCCAUUCUCUCCACCUCCCCUUCCACCUGUACUUCAACCCCAUCCUGCAGCCCUGUCACAGCAACGUGACGUCCCUCCGCCAUAUCCUCCCCCACUCACACACACACACACACACACUACAGCAUGUCCUGUGCCUCAGAAGCAUCCCAUCUGGCUUGUAAUCUGUGUGAUGUACAUUCAGUGUCUCAGUGACUUUCCAUUGCCCUGGCUGCAUAAGACUAAAGUCUGCAUCCCGAUUGAGUGUGUAUCUGUUCAUAUGUGUGUGUGUGUUUGUAUGUGCAUAGUAGCAAGAGUGAGAUGGUGUCAGAAGGUGAAGAGAUGGAGGAUUAUUAUCUUGUAUAUUGUAUUUAUAUCUUGAGUAUUCUUUCAUUCACCCCUAUGUUUUUAUUAUUUUAUUAUUAUUUUUCAGUUUUGUUAUUUUGUUAUUGUAUGGACAUUGUUGCCUGUUUUUAAAAUUCCUAUAUUGAGCUGUGAUACAUCAGGUUUUCUUUUGAGCAACAUCGUGACAUCAAUAAAUUUGCUAUCUUAAAAGAUUCAAGGAAAAUGUACCAAAACAAAACUGGGACUGUUUCAUACAAGUGAACAGUGUAUCACAGCGAUAAUAGUCAUAUUCAGUGAUUAUUUCAAGACUCUGUAGCAAUUUUAACUAAACCAUGGUACAAGUGUGAUUCCACUGACAGUAAGUGAUAACACUGACUGAAGAAAACAACAAGAGGGAAGAGAGGAUGGUGAUAUGAAGCAGAAAUGCACCACAUGUUUGAUUUUUGGCACAAUGUGUUCUCCCUCUGCAUCCAAACAAAAUAAGCUUCAUGUAGAUAAGACAAAAAAAAAUCACUGCCUGAUUUACUGUGAAAAAAAAGACAUUGUUACACAUUGUUUCAUGUAAUAAUACAAUAAAAUACUGUUAUAACACCCUCAUUUGAUCAUGUGACAGAGGUAUUUGGUAAAUGGUGACGUGUAAAGGAUACAUAAAUGACAAUUUAUGACUGGAAGUCAUACGGCGUAGACACAUGCAUAUAAGAAACACUUACAAAGAAUACCAUGUUCACCGUUUCCGAGUUACUGUGUGUGUGACAUACUGUAUUAUUUGUGUGUAGUAGUUUUAAGUUUGACAACACCUUUACUACACUAUACAGAUAUUUCUUGAUGAACAGACAGUAUAUUAACGCCCUCUGUUGCCUACAAAAAGCAGUGCAUCCAUUAGUAUUCAGUCAUUGGUGUCAUUUUGACUUGUUUUAACAAGGGGACCAAGUAUGAAAAUAUUUGUUCAGUCCAGUCUUAUGGUACCUGCUUCCAUGUCGUGUUCUUCACCCAGCAUGAUAGCUCAGGAUCAUUAAACUGGCACCAGGGAGGAUGUAGGCUCACUGAGGAUUUAGAGAUGCACAGACACUGACUUCAUGGUACCAGAGGCAAAAACAAAAGCUCAUUUUAUUCUUAAUUUAAAAGCCAAAUUGAGUUAAAAUCAAUCAGAGUCAUGGUCUUUCCAUUCCUCACGGGAUAAGAUAUCAGUCGCAUCCAAUUUCUGAUGCAUCUACUCUGCUACUUUAAGUCACGCAUCAAAGUUAAGUAAUAAGGUCAGAGCUAGUUUAUUGGCAAAGUGGAAGAUUUUUUUUGAGGGAGGAAUAUUUGAGACAUUCCUGGGAUCCACUUUUACCACCAAAGCAAACCUGUGACUGUUGGUCACACUGAUAUUUGUUCAUUUCCUACCAAAUCUGGCAAACUUUCACUGUGCCAAUCAUUCAGAUAUCUUGAGAAUUAACUGCUCGUGCUUCAAUAAUCCAUUUGCUGGCUGACACGAGAAGCUCACAUUUAACUUAGCUUCAUGACCAAACAAUCAGGAAGUACCGACCCCUGUUAGGUCACCACUUCUCUUUACUUUCACCGUUGAGGGUGUGUCACUUCCAUACUUGCUUUAUGUAAAAAUAAAUGACUUAAAUAGAGCGAAUUAAAGACUUGCUAUUGUAAAGCAUUUAGUAGGGGCACGCGCCCACUUCAGUCCUCCCUGCUAUUUGUAACACACUUAACUGUGAACCUGUUAACAUUUGUACAGAUUGUUUACCCACUGUAUGUACUUAAAAAUCAUAUUGUUGUAAUAUUAACUAAUAUCCUGCAGUCAUUUAGCAUAACAUUCAUGUAGCAUGGUCUUAGCUGUCUUUUAUAUUUUCCAAGCUGUUAAUAGUAAGGAUACAGAAACUUGUCUAUAUUUCAUUCAAUAAAGUUAGAGAAAAAUGGUG